CCUAAACCGACGUCAGUCGCAGCUUUCGGCUUUCCGCCUUCCCCAACUCCUCCGGCGAUCUCUCCAUUCGACAGCGCUCACCCUCCGCUAGGAUUCUUGCCGUCUAGGGGUAGGGUUUUCGUUCCAAGGUCUCGCUUCGUUUAUCGAAGGGGAUAUCUAGGGCAUCGCUGAGGAGCUCGCAAGAUGAGGCCGAUCCUGAUGAAGGGCCACGAGAGGCCGCUCACGUUCCUCAAGUACAACCGGGAGGGAGAUCUCCUUUUCUCCUGCGCCAAGGACCACACGCCGACCGUCUGGUUCGCCGACAAUGGCGAGCGCCUCGGCACCUAUAAAGGCCACAACGGCGCUGUCUGGUGCUGUGAUGUCUCCCGGGAUUCUACACGACUUAUCACUGGCAGUGCUGACCAGAGUGUGAAGCUGUGGAAUGUGCAGACAGGGGUCCAGCUGUACUCUUUUAACUUUGAUUCUCCAGCUAGAGCUGUAGAUUUUUCUGUUGGUGAUAAGCUUGCUGUAAUCACAACAGACCCAUUUAUGGGCCUGCCUUCCACCAUUCAAGUGAAAAGAAUUGCCAGAGAUCCUAGUCAACAGACUGGUGAAUCAGUGCUUACAAUCAAGGGUCCUCAUGGGAGAAUCAAUAGGGCUGUCUGGGGACCUUUAAAUAAGACCAUAAUAAGUGCCGGAGAAGAUGCUGUGAUCCGUAUAUGGGAUUCGGAGACUGGGCAGCUGCUGAAAGAAUCCGAUAAAGAAACUGGUCAUCAGAAACCUAUCACUUCUCUGUCAAAGUCUGCCAAGGGGUCUCAUUUCCUCUCUGGAUCAUUGGAUAAAUCUGCCAAGCUCUGGGAUGCCAGAACACUAACUCUUAUCAAGGCAUACGUGACUGAACGCCCAGUCAAUGCAUGUGCGAUAUCUCCGCUUCUUGAUCAUGUGGUGAUUGGAGGUGGUCAGGAUGCAUCGCAUGUUACAACUACCGAUCGUCGUGCUGGGAAGUUUGAAGCAAAAUUCUUUCACAAGAUUCUUCAAGAGGAAAUUGGGGGUGUGAAAGGGCAUUUUGGACCAAUUAAUGCUUUGGCCUUCAAUCCUGAUGGAAGAAGCUUCGCAAGUGGUGGUGAGGAUGGUUACGUGAGGUUGCAUCACUUUGACCCUGAUUACUUCAACAUCAAAAUGUGAUUUCAGCACAUUACAUGAAAUUGAGGAUGACUGGUUCAUUAAUUCUUUUUCCCCGUCAUACUUUUUUGUUUCUUGUAAGUGCGAUACCCUAGAGAUGAUUUGAUGCUAAUCUAUAGACACAUUUCCCUCUUUGGUUUGUGUCCGAAGUUUUAUAGGUAACAUCAUUUCCAAUGAUUGGUUACUCUGCGAAGGUGUCUUGCAGCUUUGCUGCCUCCUUAAAUUAGAUCUUAUGUAAUAAUUCAACUCCAUACCACUGGCUUUGAGAAAUAUAAACUGCUAUCGAAAGUGUUACUUAUGCU